UCGGCAUCCGAUGUUGAUGAUCUUGCUCACCAUUUAGAGAAGCUGAGCUGCACCAACGUCCAGGCGAUGGUAUUUGUUGAUUUACGCCACGCUAUCGCACACUCUACAACAGGUUCUCAUCGAAAAACAUGCAAUGCACUCGCGAGUCGUGUUCGGCAAUGUGCACUAUACCUAUUUCAUGCUGGAGCGAGUGUUUGGGGUGACGUUUAUCUGUCAGAUUCUCGCUCAUGGGUUUGGUGUGCUUGUUAUCGAAUGUCUCACAGGAAAUUGUGUCGAGCUCAAAUCAGCCUGUCUAGAACGAAAACAGAAUGCGCUGGCAGAGGUGAAUGAUUCUGAUGUAUGUUGAUAUAGGACUAUUUGUUGCCAAUCCAUCAUUAUUUCUUAGAGUCCGGGACUGGCGCUUCCCAGCGCCACUACAAUGAGACCAUAAUCAAAAGGAACAAC